UUGGGCGGAAGUCGGGAGGUUCGGUAGUUCAAAGAAGCUGGCUUGUGACAGGGCGGGGAGAAGGAAGGCCUGCGUAAAGGUUGCCUCUCCAUCCCUUCGUUCCUGGGCACCCUUGGAAAAAACCAACACCUGUGUCCCGCGGAUAGCCCAUUUCCCAGGCUCUCUCCGCUCUAUUACGCCACCGUUAUGUGGGAAGCAAGUCCGGAGAUGUUUCACAAAGCCGAAGAAUUCCUAUCCAAAACUGCAGAUAGUGAGGUGGAUGAGAUGGACACAUCAGAUACCCAGUGGGGCUGGUUUUACUUGGCAGAAUGUGGAAAGUGGCACAUGUUUCAGCCGGAUACCAACAUUCAGUGUUCAGUUAGCAGUGAAGACAUCGAAAAAAGCUUCAAAACAAAUCCUUGUGGCUCCAUUUCUUUUACUACUUCCAAAUUCAGCUACAAGAUAGACUUUGCAGAAAUGAAGCAAAUGAAUCUCACCACUGGAAAGCAGCGCUUAAUAAAAAGAGCCCCCUUUUCUAUCAGUGCUUUCAGUUAUAUCUGUGAAAAUGAGGCUAUCCCCAUGCCACCGCACUGGGAGAAUGUGAAUACUGAUGUGCCCUAUCAGCUUAUUCCUUUGCACAGUCAAACACACGAAUAUAAUGAAGUUGCUAGUCUCUUUGGGAAAACAAUGGAUCGCAACAGAAUUAAAAGAAUACAGAGAAUUCAAAACCUAGACUUGUGGGAGUUCUUUUGCAGGAAAAAGGCCCAGCUCAAGAAAAAAAGUGGCAUGCCUCAGAUUAAUGAACAAAUGCUAUUUCACGGUACCAGCAGUGAAUUUGUGGAAGCAAUUUGCAUUCAUAACUUUGAUUGGAGAAUAAAUGGUAUACAUGGCGCUCUCUUUGGUAAAGGAACCUAUUUUGCUAGAGAUGCUGCUUACUCCAGUCGCUUCUGCAAAGAUGACAUAAAACAUGGAAACACAUUCCAAAUUCAUGGUGUAAGCUUGCAACAGCGGCAUCUAUUUAGAACAUACAAAUCUAUGUUUCUUGCUCGAGUGCUAAUUGGAGAUUAUAUAAAUGGAGACUCCAAAUACAUGCGACCUCCUUCCAAAGACGGUAGCUAUGUGAAUUUAUAUGACAGCUGUGUGGAUGACACCUGGAAUCCAAAGAUCUUUGUGGUGUUUGAUGCAAACCAGAUCUAUCCUGAGUACUUAAUAGACUUCCAUUGAUUUGACUUCCAAAUCUCAGUGGUCAAAGAAAUUUAUUCUUUUUUGCAGGAAGAUUUGCUCUCCUGUCAUCUAGCCACUAAAUGUUAAUUAUCUCACACUUUUGAAACUGAUAUGAAAAAAAGUGGCCUCCAUAUAAAAAGACAUACUGACUUUAAGGUUGGUUUUUUGUUGUUUUGUUUCUGUUCGUUAUUCAGUCUUGUGUGUUAAAGAGCGACACCAUUGCCAUUUUAAUACCUUCCAGUGAAGGAUAACACUCCGAAUUGAAUCACCUGAGUCUUAAUUAACAUAGUCAUUUAGAGUUUUUAAAGUUUAUGUGUGUGUAUCAGGAUGAAUGUUUUCAGUUCAGGUAGACUUAUUCAUCAAUAUGUUCAGAAAAUAAAUAUAUAGACAUAAACUUGUUCCUUCAGAGGAACUGAUCCUUUGUAAAUUGAAUUCUGAUAUUACUCUCCACCAAACAACAUAUUGCUUUGUUGGGCUUCUGAAGAGGCGAUUUGAAAACUUGAAGCAGUAUGAGUACCUUGAGAGAAGUCAGAAAUAAGAAAAUUAUUUGCGGUGCUACCAUACAAGCCAGAAGGAGAAAGUCAAGGUAGAGUGUCCUGCUUCUGAGUGC